UUAUUGACCCGAGGGUCGAGACUCGAGACGUUGCGUCAAGUGGGCGGUUUACAGAUUGAGUCUUUGAGAUUUGUUCGUGAAAAUCAAAUUUUUAGAUUUUCGAGUUCUAAAUAAUCAAGUACUAACCUCUUAGCAGUAAUUAUUAAUUAAAUAUUAAUACCUUAAAAUGAAAAUGAGGUUUUGCAACUACUGCUAAGUCAAUUAUUACCCAAUCAAAAUGGAUUCAAAUAUCUCACCACCUGUAAAACCUCCCAGAGGUAUAAAACCCUCUUCAAAAGAAACGAGUGGUUUAUUAAUAAGUGUUAUUCGAGCAUUAUCAGCAAGUGAAACUAAUGAGCAGAGGGAAGUUGAAAAAGCUAAACUUGAAAAAGAUUUUAAGCGAUGUGAUCAAAAGCUUGAUAAACUUGUUUCUGAUCACGAGGGUGAUCUCACAGAAGUCAUGAAGAUAUUUGGGGCACUAUCAGAAAGAGUUACAUCUGCACGAGAAAAAAUUCAUUGUGUCAAAGAAAAUUUGAAUGCUUGCAAACAACUGCUCAAUUGUAGGAGAGAGGAAUUGAUGAAACUAUGGCUUGAAGGUGUGGAACACAAACAUACUCUGCAGCUUUUGAAUGAUAUUGACCAACUUAAAGAAAUGCCUGCUAAACUCAGUAGCUACUUGUCAAAAAAACAUUAUCUUCAUGCAACACAAUUAUUAGUUUCUGCCCGUACCAUGGGAGAUGGAGUUUUAGAAGAAGUUGAAGCUCUUAGAGAAGUGAGAACAGAAUUAGAAUCUAAAAAGCAAAAACUUAGCAGUAGAUUAUUGGAUGAACUAAAUAAGCACUUAUAUAAAGAACAUCCAUUAGAAGAAGGUUUGAAAAGGACAGGUUCUUCCAGAGAUUUUCAAAGAGGAAUUGACUUACGCAAUUCUAAAGGUAAUAAAGUCAAAAGAAAUUUAUUAGAUGUAAGUGUACCUGGAUAUUUUUCUGGACAAGCUUCAAGGAAAAACAGUUGUGUUGGAUUAGAGGAUAUAAACAAUGUCACUGAAGAUGUAACAAACCUUAAUCCUGAAGAAAAUUCAGAACAUUUUUUGGCUAUCAUUAUCGAAUGCAUAGCUUUAUUAAAACAAAUUCCAGAAGCUAUUGAGGUUGUAAAAUCUCAAAUGCAAAAUGAGUUAUUGAAAAUCAUUGAUGAUUCAUCUGAGAAAAUAAGAAAAUUAAUGUUCAAAGACAAUAAUUCAAAUAUUAAAAACAAUACUAUUUCAAUAGUGAAUGAAGAGCCAGUUGAAAAAUCACCUUUAUUAGAAUUGUUAAAUGUUAUAUUUUCACGCUUUCAGCAAGUCAUUGCCUCACACUCGGUAGCUCUUUGCGGAUUUUCAAAUGUAAUAAAAAAAUAUAAUUUAGAUGUGCCUGUUUAUGGCAUCACUGAUGUAUGGAACAAUAUUCAAGCUGUUCUUCAAAUACUGUUAGCAGAGUACCUUGACAUACAAAACGUAGUUGACGGACCCUAUCAAAGUUCAGUGACUUUAAAUGAACAAGCAAACGACGUGAAUGCUUACUUUGCUAGAAGAAAACCACAACGCCAAAAGAAUGGUUUACUUUUCAAAUUUGACUCAUCUACCCAUUCUAUGUCUUUGAAUAAUUAUCUAAAAGAUCAUAGGUAUAGCAGUCUCAGUUUGAUGGAUAAAAGAGAAUCGAGACCUAUUAAUAGGCUAGUCUGCAAAUCAGAUCCAAAAAAUAUUACUCUCAUAUUUAGGCCUAUAUCGCAGUUUAUUGAUGAAGUGGAACGAGUUUUAGGCUUUAACGCCACUGGAGUGCCGUGUACAUUGCGAAGCUACUUGGCGGAUUAUGUGAAAGAAGUUUAUUUGGGUAGGCAUCACGUGUUGGUGGCGACGACGAUCGAUACAGCGACUAAAAGCCCGGAUGCUUGGCGUGCUGUAACUUCUCCCGAAGUCACUAAGGAACUUGGACUUGCUAGGCCACUUUUGCAGAAUAUGGUAAAAGUUCAACAGUGUGUAUUGGAGAUUCGAUCUUUGAUGAUUUCGCUUCCGUUCCAAGGGGAGCACUUUUGCACAUUGGCACUGAAUAUUUUGCACAACUAUCGAGAGACUUGCCAAAACACAUAUCGUGGAAUCGUUCAACCAGAUAGACACGACCGCUCGAUUUGCUCGGCCACUUGGUUAAAGGAUGAUGACAUUAGUCGCUUUAUCAAAUCACUGCCUAAUUGGGAGAGUUUGAAAACGGAAGUUCAAUACUACCGAAAGGGCCCAUCGGGUCGGAGAAUACCCCGCAGGCAAGAAACAACAGACGAGGAGAGUCCAGAAGACAUUAGACAGAGAAAUAUGCGUGAAGCCGAAAUGUUGGCGAGUAAUUUGGGCGAGGGAGGCAUCGCUGCUAACGAGAUACUGGCCGACGUUGAGCAGUUGCGCAGUUUAGCUCUACUUCAAGAAAGCAUCGAGUGGUUUUCAUUGUCCAUCAGAAUAUUUGUCAAGGAAUUGCAUAAAUCAAAUCACGAGAGGAACGAGUCAUCAAAUCUGCCUGCUGUUUCGCAAAGUCUCAUACAGUCACUCGAACAAGUGGCUAAUGAAUUUGACGAGCUGGCAAAUACGUGUAUUUUAACUUUACAUUUGGAAGUCAGAGUGCAGUGUUUUUAUUAUUUGCAAUCGAGUCCCGAAACGACAACUCUAUUGCGCUCUGGUGCUAAAGAUCCUGACGAGGCCGAUCCCAGAGUAGAGGAGUUCAGUCGAGUAUUGCAACAUAUUGAUGAAGCUCUGCAGUCUACGCUUCAUCCAAAAAAGACUAAGUACAUUUUUGAAGGAUUGGGACAUUUGAUCGCGAAAAUUCUCAUAACUUCUGCGCAGUUCAUCGACAAAAUUGACGAAAAUGGAAUCCAACGAAUGUGCCGAAAUGUGUUCACGCUGCAACAGACGCUUACCAAUAUUACUAUGACUCGCGAGCUCGCUCUCGAUUACGCACGCCAAUAUUUCGAGUUGUUUUACGAGACGCCUGAAGACAUUCUCAAUGGGGUUCUUCAGAAUGGGCCUCAAUUUUCCGAGCUCGAGUACAUGAACGCCUUGCAUCUGAUUUCGCGAAGCAAACAGGAGUAUGCUAUGGUGAAUAAGCACGUGGAGAAGCUAUCAGAAAUUCUUGGAGAUCUUGGUAUCACUGUAUGACCUUAUCGGCAAGUCGUGACUCUCGUUGGCUUGGAAUGAGAGAAAGAAUAAGCUCACGAUUUUUUUCCACCGUACUUUCUUGAAUGUCAAUUAACUAUUAUAAACUUUAACUUUCAUGAAAUUAUUAUGUAAAGUUAUGGGUAAAAAAAAUUUGUGAACAAAAUUGUCGAACGCUGUAUAUUAAAUAAACCCGUCUUUAUUCGAAACA